AUGAACGUGGAGGAGAAAUACAAACUAUUUAAGGAAAAGUAUAAGGAGAUAAAAGAGCAAAAUGACAUCUUGAAGAAGGCCAUAGUGGAGUACAAAAAGGAUAUUAAGCAGCUGGAAAAAAAUAAUGAUGAACAAAAAGACAAAAUUAAACGCAUGGUGGAUGAGAAGAAGGACUUGUUGAAUAGCAACAGUCAGUUGUCCAGCAAGGUGGCGCAUCUGACGAGUUCUCUGGAGGAUAAAAAGAAGGGGAACUCCGGAUGGCGCAACUUAAUGCUGCUCCCAAAAAACUCACGUGAAAAUAUUCAAGAGUCCGUUGCAUUUGAGGAGCUCGAAAAUAAAAUCAAAGAAAAUGAGAUGCUACACAAAAAAGUGGAAGACCUACAGAAUGAGAAUAAAAAGAUAGAGAAGGAGCUAGACGUGUGUGAGACACUCCACAAGGACAAAUUGAAGGAAAAGGAAAAAACCAUUGACAGUCUUAACGAAAUUAUUACCAACUCCAAAAAAAGUGUGAUCAGGUUGGAACAGGAAAGAGAAGAAAUCAGACAACAGGUCGAAGAGGAAAAAGCAAAAUUUGCCCUUGUCAUAAAAAAAAAAAAUGAACAAAUAAAUAAAAUGGAGAAAAUAUACAAAGUCAUGAAGAGAAAAUGCUAUCCGAAGUAUAAAGUUAAUUUUAAUAAAAUCCCUCUUUCGGAGAAACCCGACCAUUAUGAUGGUUACCUGCAGCGCCAAAUCAACGAGCAGUGUAAAUUAUUCCAGAGGCACAUCUUAGAUGUAAUACAAAAGUUGCAAGAGUACCUCCUCAUCUGCAAGAAUACUUUUGCAUCUCAAGGAAAACAGUUAAUAGACUUUUGUGAAAAAUUGGAGAGAGAAAAAAGGGAUGACCAGUUAGACUAUUCUAGAGUUGCGGAUUUAAAGAUGAUUUCGCAAAAGGAAAUCAAUUCCAUGGAGGAAGUGAUAAAUCUGUUAGAGGAUCUCGGGACAUGGCUGCAUGGGAGCCAAGACAAGGCAUAUGUACAGGCUCUCCUACGUAACCUGUCCGCCACCGUAAAAAAGAUGUUCCUAAACGUGAGCAUCUAUUUGUGUGUCGAAGAAUUCCUUUUCCCAACGUACACGACAGCGAAAUCCUUUUCACUGAAAAAUGUCGUUCGGGAACUGAGGAGCUUGAAGAGACUUAUUCUCAAGACAAUCCACUUUUUUGCCUUCAUCCUGCUUGUAACUCCAUACGAAAAUGAAAAGAUAGUGGAAGAGCAUUUUAAAAAGAGAAAUGUCGUUAAGUGGGUCGACGAAAUUGCAGAAGAAAAAAGUGGAAAAAAAGAAGAGCAUUAUCAUGUGGAGGCAAAUUACGAAGACGUAGACACAAGUCUCCCAAGCAGCGAAGAAGAGACUGUGAAGAGUGAUAAAAUGCCAAAGUUAAGUGAAAUUAAUUUUAAAGAAUUUCUCGAAGAAAGAGAAAAAAACUCUCUCUCAACAUUUGAGCAUUUAAAAAAUUGUUCAGAAAAAAAUAAGAAAUUUGUUACCUACUUGGGAAAAAAAUUCCACGCCCUGUUAGAAGACUUUUGUCAUCGGCUAAAAUUUCUAAAGUCUUAUUUUUCUUUUCGUAUUUUUGAGAUGAAGGGAUCGGAUAUUCUGCAUGUAGACAACUCCAGGGUAAUGACAGAAAUGUUAGACGCAACGGAGUCGCUCAUUAAUUAUAUCGAAACGUUCGACGGUGUGGAAAAGCAGUCGCUACCUCUAAUUGCGUUCCUGUCUUACCAAAGAUUUAACACUCGAAUGACAUUCGAAGAGGAAAAAAAUUGCCUAAACAAAAUAAACGAAGCGUUCAGUCAAACUAGGCAUAUCCCCUACGGCUUGUUGGAAUGCAGCUUCGAGAACCUCCAAAUGUGCAAGAAGGACAAAGACCAACUGAAUAAGGCACUUUUGCGAAAAACAAAAUUAAUCAAAAAAUUGAAGAAGAAUAAUAACCAGACACUCGGCGAACUUAAAAACGUACUCCUGACCAACAAAGAACUGACCCUAAAAAACCAGUUCCUGACAAAUUCCCUGUCGCCAAAACGGGAAACCAUCAAUCAGGUGGAGGAAGACACAACUGAGGAGGAUAUCCAGAAAUAUGCAGAAAUGGUUUUUAACUUUGUCACGUGUAGUAACACAGAGAAGCCCAGAUUAACUGUUCACGAAAAACACCUCAUCGAAGCCUAUGUCUGUUCAUGCAUACGUAUAAAAAACUUACACAUGGAAAUACAGAAGCACGUGGAGGUUCUGGAAAGCCUGCAAAAUGGGUUCAGUGUUAAGGAGGGCGAAAUACAAAAACUGAACCUUCAAAUAGAGGCGUACAAGGAGGAAGAAAUGAAUAUUCACAAAAAAUACGAAGAGCAGAUGAAUACCCUGCACGAUUUAAUAGUCACCUUGGAAAAGCAAUUGUCCAAACUGAACUCUGAAAAAAACGUGAAGAACUUUUUCAUCCUUUGCUCCAUUUGUGGCACCAAAAACGGCAUCGGAACUAUUCUGAAAAAUCGAAAAUGCCUCAAGUGCAGCUCGAUAAUUAUUUUCCUCCAAUGA